CUGAGAGUUGUGAGUUGAGAGUGAAUCUGUUGCUCUGUUUGGUCUGAUUCAGCGCUGGAUAUAACGGAGCGUUUGUCCUGCAGGAAGGUCAGGGUCGGCUGCCGCUGGAGGUGGCGUUGAUGACCCUGGUCAAUUCGGCUCCUGCCUGCCCCAACGUCCUGCAGCUGCUGGAGUGGUUUGACCGUCCCAGACGCUACACCAUGAUCCUGGAGCGCCCGCUUCCUUGCCAAGAUCUGGAGAGUUUCUGUGAGGAGAACGGACGCCUGGAGGAGAGUCUGGCCAAGAAAGUGCUGCUGCAGCUGAUCACGGCGCUGAAACACUGCGAGAGCCGUGGAGUCCUGCACCGGGACGUCAAACCAGAGAACCUGCUGAUCUCCACAGACUCACAUGACAUCAAGCUGCUGGACUUCGGCUGUGGAGAUCUGCUGAAAGACUCGGCCUACAAACACUUUGCAGGUUGGUUUGAUCUCCCUGCAGUGAUCUGUGUUUGUUUGUGGACUUUUGAUGAUCGAGCGAAGGGAAUCUGUUUGGACUGGGGCCUCUUCAGAUGAUGUUUGUGGUCUUGUUGGGUCUCUCAGGCACUCUUCAGUACGCCCCUCCUGAGUGGUUUCGGCAUCACCGUUAUCAUGCGGGACCGGCUACGGUUUGGUCAGUGGGGGUGACGCUCUACAA